AUGGGGCAUCAUGGUCAGGUCCCUUUGGCAAAUCCCAGCUUGCCCCAGAUCCGUCAAUUAUGGGCAACAUAUGUACGAAAUGUUGAUCCUCUCAUGAAAGUUGUGCACAAACCCAGUGUUGAACUGGCUUUGAACGAUCUGGCAUCACGACAACGCCAAGUGGACGAAGAUGUCCACACUCUGUUGCUAUCCAUCUGCUAUGCCGGCAUCGUGUCUUUACCAGCUAUACAGGCCAGAACAGAGCUAGCCCUCGACAUUAGUAGCCUCGCCAUGUCGUUUAAGGAAAGUGCCGAACGAGGAUUCAUGAAAGUACAGAUUCUGCAGACUACCAACUUCACUGUCCUUCAAGCCUUUGUAAUAUUCUUGUCGUAUCAGACGUGCUUGCCGCGAACAGAAGCCGGUAACAUAGCAGCAUUGACGGCUCUCGCUGUCCGAACCGCGCGAAGAAUGAAACUGCACGACGAGAGAUCUUUGGAAAAGCUCACCCCCUUUGAGGCUGAGAUGCGGCGUCGACUCUGGUGGCAGCUGUGUCUCCUUGACUGGCGUGUGUCUGAAGAUGCUCGGUCCGAAGUAACCAUCUCGCAGCUAAGCUUUGAUACAAGAAUGCCAGCCAACAUCGACGACGACGAAUUUGGGCCGGCAUCUACUGACAUCCAUGACCGACAAGGCAGUACAGAGAUGACUUUCUCCUUAAUGAGAUUCGAAACCUGGCUGGCGAUCGCGGGACUACAGAUGAAGCACUUACUUCCCGGCAAGGCGCCGUCGAUAGCCGAGGAUCAACAGGCAGCGUUGGACAAGCUAUUUGUCUCCCUAGACCACAGCUACCUGCGACAGUGCCGGCACCUCUCGACUCCAAUCGCCCGACUCCUCAGCAUGUUGACCCCUCUUGCCGUGGACAAGCUUCGGCUUCUGAGUUGCUUUUCGUCCUAUGAUGAUAUCACGAAGGGCGUAUGGAAUUACUCAUCCACCUUGGACAGAGACAAGAUAUUCCAGUCGUCAAUCGAUUUGCUCGACCUUGAACACAUGAUGGAUCGUGAUGAUGACUUGCGCCAUUGGCGGUGGUUCGUCAAGAACAACCACAUCCAGUGGCACGCCAUGUCUUUUGCCCUCUCGGAACUACGCAUCUGCCCGGGGCGACAGUUGGAGGGGAAGGCCUGGGAGACCAUUGAGAAGUGUUUCAGCUCGACGACGCUCGACUGCUUCCAGGGAUCUCAGUCGAACAUUUGGUCCUCCUUCAAUGUGCUGAGACAAGAGGCCUUGGAUGCUCGUCUGCUGGCCCCUGGCAGCAUUGGAGGAAGCACACUACCCCUCACGUGGGAUCUUGUUGGUAGCGCCGACUUGAGUGACUCCUCGCUCAUGAACUUUGACAUGGGCUGGCUGCAUGAUGUCGAUAUUACCCAAGUUGACUGUCCUUCCAUGUUGAAUAGAGGAGGUAGCGAAGAAAUAUGA